AUGUGGGCAGUUUACUGGCUGGCAGAAGGAAGCGCGGACGAUGAGAUUCAGAGCCGUAACUUUGUAGGUCGCGAGUCCGCCUUCAGCUUUGCGCAGCGUGUGGGGGGUGGCCAUGAGAUGGCAUGGCAGUGUGGUCCACUGAGGCUGUCAGUUUCUGACCAUCCCUGGCUGGAUUGCUGCCGCGACUUGCGUGACCUGCUUCGACCUGCCCGUCUCGCAGCUUUGGAGGCUCGCGAGGUGGCCGAGGGGGCGGAUGGAGCAUAUGUGGAGUUUGGUUCAGGAGAAAAACCCCCUGCAGGUGUUGUCCUGGAUCUUGUCUCCACCUCACGGGUGAAAGCCUGGGGGCCCCACAUGCGCCGCAAGAAGUGUGAAGAGCUGGCUUCAGACCAAGGCCAGUUCAACUUGAAGAGAUGGCGGGAUAUGUCGAUGUCUCUUGCAGAGACUCUUGAGAGGAUCCAGUCAGCUCGACCAACGCUCGGCAGACUUGUGGCCAUGAUGGACCUGCGAAGGCACUUGGCCAGGACGCUUUUCACAGCAGUGAUUGCAGCCGUGAUGAGCACCUGCGACAGCAUCAAAACUGUGCUGUCGGGUGCCGUGUUCACACUGAUCAAUGCUAGUGAAGAAGAUGUGAAGAAAGACAGUCAGUUUCUGCACAUCAUUUGUUCCUGGACCUUCGGGUGUGGGUCAAGAAUAUCAUUGGCCAAGAGCCUAAUUCUUGGCCUAAUGCUGCUCGCAGUGAUCAAGGGCACUGUGGGCGUUGUUUCGCAGCACGUCGCCAAAGCAUUCAAGGACCCCGCGCGAGUACCGGCAGCUGAUGUUGAGUGCAUGCAGUUCAAUGCUCAAGUGCGGAGAUUGGUUCAGUGGAAGGAUUGCACUGCGUUGGGCUUAGCUGCAUUUGAUUGGCAAAAGAACCCCACAGCCCACAACAUGCCAGGUAAAGACGUUUUCGCGCGAGGUAUUUCCCUUUGGCUGGGCCUUGUUUGGGUGAACGUUGACUCCUCGGCGGCGGAGAUGACCUCCUUCCUUUUGCUCGUCAGCAAGUUGGGCCACCAGGUGAACAGCUUCAAGGCGCAGGUGGAGGACAUUUUCAAUAUCAGUGACAACCUUGCCGAGCACUUCGAGUUCCUUGACCAGCAGCCCAAGGUGUUUCCAGGCACCUACGAUGGGCCAGUUGAAGGACAUGUUGUUUUCGAGGAUGUGACAUUUGCCUACCCGACGCGGCCAGAGCAGAAAGUGUUGCAUGGCCUCUCGAUGGAACUACAACCUGGCAAGACGACAGCGCUGGUUGGUGCCUCGGGCUCUGGCAAGAGCACAUCGGUGAAGCAACUGAUCUUCAGAUACUAUGACCCCUAUGAGGGGGCCAUACUGAUUGAUGGAGUGCCCCUGAAAGACUGGGACCUGACGCAUCUCCACAGGCACAUGGCGCUUGUGGCGCAAGAGCCGGUCCUCUUCAACACCUCCGUGCGUCAAAAUCUGCUCUACGGACUUCCGCAAUGCCGGAUUGAUUCAGAUCCAAAGGAUUUUGAAGAAAAGAUGAUUGCUGCUGCAAAGGCAGCCUGCGCUCAUGAGUUCAUUCAGAGCUUCCCCGGCGGCUACGACACCAAUGUGGGUGACCGUGGAGGUCAGGUGUCAGGCGGCCAAAAGCAGCGCCUGUCCGUUGCACGGGCGAUCCUCAUGCAGCCGAGGAUACUUGUGUUGGACGAGGCCACGAGUGCCCUAGAUGCGGAGAGCGAGUCUAUUGUGCAGGAGGCCCUCGACUGCUUGGUUGCCAAUAGUGGCAGCAGCGUGAUGGACGUCAUUGCCCACAGGCUCUCCACAGUUCGGCAAGCAGAUGAGAUCAUUUGUCUCAGAGAGGGCCAUGUUGUGGAGCGUGGAACCUCAAAGGAGCUUAUGGAGCUCCGGGGGUACUACUACACGCUGGUGGAGAAACAAGCUGUGACUCUGGACGACAUCGGAGGAGCGAAUGCCGAGAUCGACCGGUCCAUGAGAUCCAGACGGGCAAGCGUAGGCGGCAAAGGAGUUGCGAAGGGCACACCGGACAGCGCUGCUACUGAAACGAGCUCGUGA